GUUGUAUUAAACUUUGGAGAUGAACAGCUCAGGAAUUAUUUGCAGUUACGAGGAACUUUCAAAUUCUACAAACUCUUCGUGCGUGAACAGAACCACGUCCACCUACAACAGCAUCGAGAUCGCGUCGUUUAUGCAUAUUUUCCCCGCCGUCUACGGCGUCCUGUGUUUAGUCGGUGUUGUCGCCAAUAGUUUAGUCAUUUACGCGGUUGCGACAUGCAAGAAAAAGACGGUCUCCGAUAUUUAUGUACUGAAUCUGGCCAUCGCCGACUUGUUGUUCUUGCUGGUGAUGCCCUUCAAUAUCCACCAGCUCGUCCGAGACAGACAGUGGGUCUUCGGGAACUUCAUGUGCAAAGCGGUCGUUGUCGUGGACGUCAGCAACCAGUUCACGACAGUCGGAAUAGUAACUGUACUAUGCAUUGACAGGUACGUCGCCAUUGUCCACGCCACCUCAGAGAGCCGCACCAUCCAGCGGACCAUCGUCAUCAACCUUCUGGUGUGGGUGGGCAGUUUCCUCCUCACUAUCCCCGUCAUGAUGUACGCCAGGGUGGUCUCAAAGACACAGAUGAACAUCUGCAUGAUGUUCCUGGAUGGCCCACAGGACAUGUACUGGUACACGCUGUACCAGUCCGUGCUGGGCUUCAUCAUGCCCCUCCUCAUCAUCAGCACCUUCUACUCCAUGACGCUGUACCACGUGUUCCGCUCCAUCCGCCGCGUCCGCCGCAAGCAGUCGGUGUGGGCGCGGCGCGCCACCAAGAUGGUGCUGAUGGUCAUCACCCUGUUCCUGGUGUGCUGGUCGCCAUACCACGUCAUCCAGGUGGUGAACCUGGGCAUCCGCCACCCCACCAACCUCUUCAUCUAUGCCUACAACGUCAGCAUCUGCCUGAGUUACUCGCACAGCUGCAUCAACCCGCUCAUGCUGCUGGUGUUUGCGCAGAGCUACCGUGAGCGGCUGUGCCACCGCCGCUACGGCACGCCGCGCGGCUCGCACACCACCUCCUCCAGGACCACGGUGAAGACGGAGGGGGGCUCCGCCAUCACCCCCGAAACCAGCCCCCGCUGUCGGGUCAUCUAG